AUGAGUUUGCCCAAGCCGCCAACGUCGCUGGACGACUCGUGCUCCGUCAUCUACGAGAACACCCUUUACUCCUUCACGCCUGAGGCCUUCUUGUCCCUGCCUUUAGAGGAAGGUGCAAAAUGGAAGAAGCUAGAGAUGGGAGAGAAGGUUUCGGGGGCCGUCUGUGUUGGGGCGACCCCCGAUGAUACCGCACAAGCUGGCCUCUUUGUCGUCGGUGGAACCAGCGGCUCGGAUGGCUAUACUGGGCUGCAAAAGUACACCUACUCGACCGGCAAGUGGACUACCAUCACCCCCUCCGAGUUGAUCACGAAGGAUCGCCUGUGGCAUGGCUCGACGUACAUCAAGGCCAGCGAUACCAUCCUUAUCUACGCAGGUAGCCGAGACGGAGUCGCGGCCUCGUCCGGUGAAACCUUCACCAUCCAGGCAUCCGGGCCCUAUAGUGUUAACUCCUAUGGCCCUGGUUCUAGCCCCGGCGUCAAGCCUAUUCUUCUCAACUGGUCUGAUGUCGAUGCUUGCUUGGUCGGCGGCAACACUAGAAAUAUCGCCAUUGCCUUGUUCAACCCGACUACGGGCUGGAGGGAAUUGGGAGCCACCUUGGCAGAACCCCUACCGAAGGACUCAAGUUCCUUUCAGGCUAUUGUGAUGCCAGGGGAUGAUGGCUCCAAGAGCCUCUACACUUUUGAUCUCUCACAAUCCCCCAACCAGGUCCGCCGAUUCGUUCUCCAGGACGCUUCUGGCGUGCCCCUUUCCAACUCGGCCGCCAUUGCAAAUAAAAAGCGCGAGUUGUCCCUAGACGAUUGGCCAGAGCACAACUCGACGCUUGCACCAACCGCUACGCGGCAGAAUUUUGCCAUUGCCCAAGGCGCAGACGGCAAGGUUCUCUUCUCUGGUGGGAAUUCCGAAGACCCUCUUGCCAUAUUCGAUGCUACCGAGAACUCGUGGGUCGAUGCCACCCAGGUACUCGAUGCUGAGAACCAAAAGGUUCUGUCGGACAGCACGUUGACCUCUUCGACUUUCUCAACUACCGAAACAGCUAGCUUGGCCAAGUCUACCAAGUCAAUUUAUAUCCAGACGAGGUCGUCAACCUCAAACUCGGAGAUCUCAUCGACCUCUGCGACCUCGACUAUCCUGUCGACAGGCAGCUCAACCGCUUCUCUGACAAUAUCCGAGGCCAGCGUCUCGGCCACGGCAGGUGCGGCCGCUGGCAACAGUGACGACGAUUCCGGUAUCAGCUCCAACGUCAUCCUUGGUUUCAUACUUGGAUCGAUCCUCGGAUUCUUGGCCUUGCUUGGCUUGCUGCUGUUGUUCUUGGCGCGGCGACGCAAGGCCAGGAGAAACGGUAUGGAGGCUAGCAGCACCAGGUACUUUAGCAAUGGCUCACGCCAGCUACUCUCGCGCGGUCAAACCCGUAGCCACAACGCCACGCUGUCUCAGGAAUCCUACUCAUCCAUGGCUAUUUUGAUAGAUCGCACCGGGAAGCAAAAGACCAGUCUAACCCGGAAGCCUACCAACGAUACGACUCGAAGCUCCGGCAGCUCUUUGCACGAGCAGAUCAAGGCUACCAUUAGCAAGCCGAUUCUGCAGGUGAUGCCGUAUCCUGCACUGCAGGGCUACGACACCAGGGGCGUUGGCUUCGACGUAACCGUCGCAGAGUACCGACCCCGUGCAGGGCCCAUGGAAGCCCAGGACGGCAUGCGGAGAAGCUCUGGCUGGAGCCGAUACUGGUCCGGCGGCAGCGCAUUGCAGAUCCUCAGCUUCGGUGGAUCCAAGAGGACAACCGCUGGGUCCGAACAGAGCUCCCGCUACUCUGAGGCCAUGCACCAUCGUAUCGCGAGGGCCACGCAGGACUCGUCAGCUCUACCAUCGCUGAUCUUUGACUUCUGCCCCGAGAUAAAUCGGGUUAAUUCCGGCAGCUGUGUUGUGGCCGAGUGCAGCAAGGUUCCAUUCAAGGAUGGAGUAGCCGACAAGCUUGAACGCAUUCCCUCGAGGACGUCAUCGUCGGGUUACUCCAGUGGCAUCCCGGAGAGCGUCAAUGAAGCCUGGGACCCUAACCUUAGCUUGAAGCCCUGGAGUCCUGAUCGUGCUCCCAAAAUUGCCUGCAACCCAAACUCCUACUUCGGAGCGCCACUGUUUCCAAGCGUCCCGGGUCCGUAG